CCGAAGCAGUUGAGGCUGGUUCAUCAAUAGCGAAAUGAACGAUAAACAUAUGCCACCCCAACCACCAGCGUAUGGCUUUGCGUCAGCGCCAACCGAUGGGUCGCAGAACUACCCCCCACAAGGUUAUCCCCAGCAAGGGUAUCUGCCUCAAGGAUACCCACCGCAGGGGUACCCACAGCAAGCAUACCCCCAACCAGGAUAUCCUGUGCCACCUCCAAGCUUUGCACCGCCACAAAGCUAUGGAGCGACGCCUCCGCAGAGCUAUGGACCAGCACCGCCACCACACGCCUAUGGACCUACUCCACCACAAAACUACGGGGCACGCCCACCACAGAUGUCAACCACCAUAAUAACAGUGCAGCCCAAUGGCUGGUACAACCGAAACCAGCGGAACAAGCCACAGUCCAAUGCUGUGGGAGCUGCUGCGCUCAUCUUCAUUUCGGGUGGCAUGAACAUUGCCUGGAGCAUCGGCUUUCACAGUUGGUAUUUUUCUUUUGCUCCUCUGCACACGCGCGUUGCAUGGUUUAUAGGUGCCAUCAUCGGAGGCGUGCUUAGCUGCUUCGUGGCUAACAAGCUACCCAAGAAAAUUGUCUUUUGCUUCUGCUCACUUCUUGUGAUGAUCGGGGGAGUCCUAAUGGCAGCCACGACUUUCAACAUCAGAGCCAUUGAGGCGAGCCUCUAUCUGGAUGGCAUCGCCAAUGGAUUAGCAUUCGCCCCAGCCUUGGCAUUGACCGGCGAAGUCUCAGUGCCUUACAUGCGUGGAGUGACGGCUUCGACCAUUGAGCAGAUGUGCUACAUGACUGGUUUCUUCAUUCAGGUCAUAUAUAUGACAUCGUGGAACACAUCGGACAUCAGCAGCUUCAAUGGCGAGAAUAUGCACGGAGUCCUGUCCGCUGUCUAUGGACUGAUUGGCCUAAUCGUUGCCUGCUUGCUGUGCAUUGAGUCGCCAGUGAUAUUGCUGGCCAAUGGAAACGAGCAGCAAGCUCUUGAUGCACUGCGCCGCCUGCAGCGCCCCUACACGAUGACCACAGAGACUUUCGUGCAGCUGGAGGAGCACAAGCGUUAUCUGGCACAAAACGCAGAGCUCUCCACUGGCCAGAGCAUUGUCCAGGCCAUGCCAGCCUUGUUGCGUCUCUGCUAUCUACGGGCCCUUAAUGCCAUGAGCCUUUCUGUAUUUGUGUUAUACGCCCUAGUAAUGUCCCAGUCGCUUUUAUAUAUAUCGCUAUACACACUUACCUGGCAAUACAUAGUAUACAGCGGCUGUCGCUGGCUGCCAGCCUUCAUCAUCAGCUUAUGCGUGGAGUCGGCGGGCCGCAAGAAACCAACGCUUCUGGGUCUCCUGGGCUGCGGUGGCAUGGCCAUUGGAAUUGCCAAACUAAUCUAUGACCUACCCUACAUAGACAGGGAUGCCUUAUUUAUCAUCGUGUGUAUUUUCCAAGUUUUUGCUGGCAUUGCAUUCUCGGGCACCUCUGCCUAUCUGACUGAAGCGUUUCCACUUAGCGUCAAGCAGCAUUGCAUUGCCUUCACCUUCAUUGUCGAAAUGCUGAUCUAUAUUAUUACCUCAUCUGCUUCCUACAGCCAGACAGGUCAUGGGAUUUACUUUUGCAUUUUGGCUGGACUUUGCUUGCUUGGCUUUCUGCUCGGUAUCUGGUGUCUGCCAGAGACCCGGCGUACUACACUACGUGAGUCACAGGAAAAAUUCAAGGGUUUCCUGAGCAAGGGCUUUUAACGGGCUUAAAUUUCAAA